UUAGAUAAAGAUGUUGGGUUAAUAGGCUUCAUAACUAAAUCAAUGCUCUCCAUGAAGCGACUAUUAUAUAGACCAGCAUGCUGUUCACUGCAUUGUGCAAGGUUCGUACAAUGCGCCGUUUCCUGCUUUGAGAUAAAAAAAAAACACUACUACACUACUAGGCAAGCUAUUGAAACGGAUGCAGACCGAGGUUAGAAAUAGCAGGAUGUUGGAUUGAAGGACGAAUCAGCCAACCAUCGGCCACCUACCGCUGCGCGUCUUGACCAAUCACGUGCGCUGGGGGCGGGCCAAUCACAACCGAAAGAUGCUCGGUCAGAGCAGUCUGUUCUUCUGAUUCUGGUCCACCUCGCCCUGAUAUGACACGACAGGAUGACAGGAAGUGCUGCUGAUAACGGCGGUGAUGGGGGCCGCGGGCAUCCAGUGGUUCGCUUCCAGAGCUUCCUGCACGGAGGCACCUCCAGCCUGCUCUCCGCCCUCCCCACCCUCCUGGUGUUUCCUGUCUACAAGACCGUGUUCCGCCAACAAAUCCACAACACGCCGGUCCACCAGGCGGUGCGUCAGCUCUACAAGGAGGGCCCGGUGAAGCUCUACAGGGGUGUGGCCCCUCCGUUACUGAUGAGGACGCUCAACGGCACGCUCCUCUUCGGCCUGCAGGACACCCUCCUCCGCCAGCUUUCAUGUUCCCCCCCAAACGCCAUCUCCGCCUCCGCCUCGUCUGCUCUCGCUGGCUUCGGCGCAGGUCUGGUGGAGGCGGCAGUGUUCACCCCCUUGGAGCGUGUGCAGAAUGUGUUGCAGAACGGCCAGAACGACCGUCAGCUCCCCACCUUGAAGAGCGUUCUCGCCCGAUUGAGGUCACAGGGGCGGGUCCGGGGGUACUACCGGGCCUUCCUGCCCGUCACGGCGCGCAACACCCUGGGCAGCUCCCUCUACUUCGGCCUGAAGGGCCCCGUGUGUGACGUGGUGGCAGGACAGGGGCUCCCUCCACUGGCUUCCUCGUUCGUCUCGGGCACGGUCACCUCCAUGGCCAUCAGCCUGACUCUGUACCCGCUGUCCGUGCUGGUGGCCAACAUGCAGGCGCAGGCGGGGGGGGAGAUGAAGGGGGUGAGGGCGUGCUGGCAGGCGCUGUGGAGGUCCCGACAGAGGAGUGUGGUUUUGCUCUACAGAGGAGGCUCCCUGGUCAUUCUGAGGUCCUGCAUCACGUGGGGAAUCACGACUGCCAUCUAUGACAGACAGCAGAAGCGUUCCAACUGAGAAAACAGGGUGAACGUCAGUGAAAUAACUGAGACCUUUUUCCCUACAGGUGCCUUAUCCAAUCAAACAACAACAACCAUCAUCCAUCACUUCUGACCAACGACGCUGUGAACCCAGGGUCAUAUUGCAAACACUGCCAGGAGGGGACAUUUAUAUUUCUUAUGGGUAACCAUCAAAAAGCUGGUCAGGUUAGCUGGAAACUAAAUUGCUGUAAAGCCCUUUAAUGCACUGCCUGGUGAUGGAGAGGCUCUGUCAGUCCUGCCAUCAGUAUGUACUGUAUGUGUCCGCUGGAUGCAAUGAACGCGUGUAGCCUGUGCAAAUAAAACUGCGUGGAAAAGAAA